AUGGAACACCGGAGGAAUAUCUCAGAAUUCAUUCUCAUGGGAUUUACCUAUAGUCAGAAUGUACAACUGCUGUGCUUCGGGUUGUUCUUACUCUGCUAUGUUGCUCUGUUGACGGGAAACCUUCUGGUCCUUGUCUCCAUUCGAUGCAGCUCCCUGUUUCAUCAACCAAUGUACUACUUUCUCAGUCACUUAUCCUCCGUGGACAUCUGCUAUACCUCCUGUGUGACACCCAAACUCAUUGGUGAUCUGUUAAUGGGAACCAAAACCAUCUCUUACGCGAGCUGCAUGUUACAGGUCUUCUCCAUGCACUUCUUUGGGAUGAUUGAAGUCUUCAUCCUCACAGUUAUGGCCUUUGACCGAUGUGUUGCCAUCUGUAAACCUCUCCACUACAUGAUGAUCAUGAACAGGACAAAAUGCAACCUCCUUCUCCUGGCUGCUUGGACUGGUGGAGCUAUCCAUUCUUUUUCCCAAUUCUCUUUGAUAAUCUGGUUGCCUUUCUGUGGCCCUAAUGAAAUUGAUCACUACUAUUGUGCCAUUUUCCCUUUGUUGAAGGUUGCCUGCACUAAUACCUAUAUCAUUGGCUUCCUUGUAGUUGCCAAUUCAGGUAUGGUUGCCUUAGUAACCUUUGUUCUCUUGUUUGGGUCUUAUGUCAUUAUAUUGUUCACCUUGAGAAAUCACUCAGCUGAGGGAAGACGCAAAGCCCUGUCUACCUGUGGCUCUCACAUCACUGUGGUUGUCUUGUUUUUUGGCCCUUCAAUCUUUGCCUACCUGAGGCCUCCUAUUACAUUUCCUGAAGAUAAAAUAUUUUCUCUGUUUUAUACUAUUUUUGUUCCCAUGCUUAACCCCUUAAUUUAUACUCUGAGGAAUACUGAAAUGAAAAAGGCCAUCAAAAUUGUCUGGUGUCAAAAGGUAUUUUCAGAAGAAAAAUAG